GUUGCAUAGUGGUUGGGGCACUCCACCCAUCCAAUUUAUCUCCCGCACCCAGAUGACACUGCGAUGGUGCCAUCUUCUUCUCGUCUUCGUCUUCUUCUUCUUCUUCUUCCUCUCAACCAUUCAAUAAUUCCAAGAUCCAUGCAGCGUUUCCGCCCAACUUUGACUCAUGCUCUGCCUACAUUCCUUCCUGUUCACACUAUUUCGUCAACGUGGGUUUGAAAACAGGGGAAGGGAUUCGCAUGCCGCCAAUCGGAUACAUACAACAACAAAGGGAACAUUUUUAGGUCACAAGAAGCCAAGAGAUUUGACUGAGGCGAGACGGGGGCGGGUUGAUGCUCAAUGCACACUUUAUGCUGCGUUUUCAUCCUCUUCACUCGUUCCUGGGUCGAUUUCGGGAGGUGUCUCUUGGUCUUCCACUACGAGGUCCUACAGAUCACCCCAUCCACCGCUAAUCUCGCUAGAAAGGGGGAACCCUAAAGAUUCCAGCCAAAAGGUCUUUUUUUUUUCUUUCUAUUUCAGGGGUGCUUUCAUCGCUGCCGGAUCUACAGGCCACCCGAUUUUGCCUCAUUUACUAGCUUGGGUUGCCUCUUCCUACCCUUAAUUUUCACGAUCGAGCGGCCAUGGGCUGUGCCGUGUCCAAGAAUGCAGUCUCGGCUACGCCGGUAGCUGAUUCCUCCGGCAUUUUAAGGAGCAACCAAAAGCGGUUGGGGUUGAUCUCAGCGCCCUCUGGGCUGCACCGAACUGGAGAGGGAACAAAAAACGGCCACCCGGAGAGGGAGGAGGAAAAUGGUCGCCUUGAAUCCGGGGGAAAAGGGAAGGUGAAUGAUGAUAAUACUAGCUUGCAGAGCCUACGGUUGCGGAAUCUUCACAAAUACAUCGAAGGGGAGCAGGUCGCUGCAGGAUGGCCCUCUUGGCUCAGUGCCGUAGCAGGGGAAGCUAUUCAAGGCUGGGUGCCUCUUAAAGCUGAUUCCUUUGAGAAAUUGGAGAAGAUUGGACAGGGAACUUACAGCAGUGUGUUCAGAGCCCGUGAUCUUGACACUGGAAAGAUGGUUGCCUUGAAGAAGGUGCGCUUUGACAAUUUUGAGCCAGAGAGUGUUAGGUUUAUGGCCAGGGAGAUAAAGAUACUGCGCACGCUUGACCACCCAAAUAUUAUUAAGUUGGAAGGUCUGAUUGCUUCUCGAUUAUCAUGCAGCCUUUAUCUUGUAUUUGAAUACAUGGAGCACGAUCUAGCUGGACUUGCUAGCUCUCCUGAUAUUGUACUCUCUGAAUCACAGGUCAAGUGUUACACGUAUCAGUUGCUAUCUGCACUUGAACAUUGUCACUCGCAGGGUGUUAUACACCGGGACAUAAAAGGAGCAAAUCUUUUGGUUAAUAAUGAUGGAAUUCUGAAAAUGGCUGAUUUUGGUCUUGCAAAUUUCUGUUGUCCUGGACAUAAGUAUCCACUAACUAGCCGUGUUGUGACUCUCUGGUAUAGACCUCCUGAACUACUGUUGGGUUCAACUAACUAUGAAGCUACUGUAGAUUUGUGGAGUGUUGGUUGUGUGUUUGCAGAAAUGUUUGUGGGAAGACCUAUUUUGCAAGGCAGAACUGAGGUUGAACAAUUACAUAAAAUAUUCCGGCUAUGUGGUUCACCUCCAGAAGAAUUUUGGAAGAAGUCAAAGUUGCCUCAUGCUACAAUUUUCAAACCCCAUCGUCCCUAUGUAAAUAGCCUCUAUGGAACAUUUCAAGAUUUACCAAGAGCAGCCAUUAGCUUGUUAGAGACUUUUCUCUCUGUUGAACCUUAUAAGCGUGGUAGUGCCACAAGUGCCCUUGCAUCAGAGUAUUUUAGAACAAUGCCUUGUGCUUGUGAACCCUCAAGUUUACCAAAGUACUCACCUACUAAAGAGAUGGACAUAAAGAAUCGAGAAGCAUCACAGAGGAGAAGAAUUGCUGGAAGACAAGAAGCCAUGAGAAGACCAUUCAAAGCAGAUAGAACUUCAGGACAAUCAGGUGGGCUCAGCAAAUUAGCAGAUAGCAAAAAGGAUGCACAGUUAAAUGUUGAAGCCACUGAACACAAUGAACAAAAAGGUCUCAAAAGAGUAGAUGGUGAAACCAGAUUGUUUGUAGAUCUCCAGCCAAUGCCAUCGAUUAAAAAUCCAGAUGAAGGUCAUCACAUGAAGCACAACUCUGAACAGGAUAUUGUCUUUUCAGGACCAUUACGUGUUUCUACUUCCAGUGGUUUUUCAUGGGCUAGGAGGCAGAGAGAAGACCAUGUAUAUAACAGAUCUCACAGUAGGCGCAACUCAAGAAGAAAUCUAUCUGCUGCAAGAGAUCUGUCUGAUAUUGAAAAUGUCAAAAGCAAGUUGGGACCCAAGGGCCCACAAAUGGGUGAUCUUCAUGCUGGUUCCAAACACCAUGAGUCACAAGAGUUGGCAAAAAUUGCAAUGCUGAAAAGAUGGGCACAACUAGAACAUCCGGGAUCAUUUGACACUUCAGAAUCAUUCCCUUCUCAAGACUUCUCUGAAGCCUUGUGCAACGGAGAUCCAUCUUCAAUGCGGCAUAACUAUAUGGGCUUCAACAACCAAGACAGAGUUGAGUUUUCAGGACCUUUACUGUCUCAGACUCGCAAGGUUGAUGAACUACUGCAGAAGCAUGAACGCCAGAUUCGGCAAGCAGUUAGGAGAUCAUGGUUCCGAAGAGUGGCAGGGAGAAGACCGAGGAAGUAAAAGUUUGUUGCUGUCAGAAUCAAAAGAAGAAUACAGAAGUACCAUACAAGUUGGGUGGACAAAUAGUAUUUAACAAACAGAAUUUCCCGAGGUGAAAGAAACUAAUUCAACAAUGACAUCUGAAUUAAUUGAUUAGCUGCUAUAGAUGUUUAUAAUUGUUUCUACAAGCCUACUACCUCCUGUAUAUAAAUUACAUUGUUAAGAGAAGAUGCGUUGAUAGAGGUAUCUAAUUCAUUCAUCUUUUUCUGGUGCCGAUCAAAGCUCUUCGUUCAAGAAGUUCAGAGGUGACAUCUCAAAUAAAAAUUCCUUGCAACUUAGUUUUUGAUGCUGCUAAAGCUUUGAAUUGGAGCUAUUUCAUGAUAAAGAUAAGUGUAUAGAGUCAUGAAUCCCUUGUAAAUGUUAAGUUGCAUCCAUUUUCAAACGUGAAAGAUACAUGUAUGCUGAAACCCGAUGGUUAAAUGAAACAUUCUUUUUAACUGCAA